AGAGCGAGCGAUAGCGUGUUCCCUUUUUUAACUUGUUGUUCAUUGAAAAGAGGAGGAAUAAGUAAGAACAUAUACAUUAAUCAAAUCUUACAGAACGAGCUAACAAAAUAUAGAAGUUGAUCGUAAUUGAUUAAACAGCAGAAUGAAAAUAAGUAUCUCAAGCGCUUUAAUUUCAUUUAAUGAAAAGAAAAGAAAGAGAAAAAUAAUAAAGGGACGCAUUAUUCAAUGCGAAACCGAAUGCAAAACUAGACCAUAUGCUCUCUGUUGUAUAAUAUAAUCCUAUACAAUCCCUUUCCCUUCCGACUUGGAUACGAUUUCCGGCAACAUGAACCAUAUCUCACGAAAAAGUCAAUAGGGAACACAAUGCCCACAGCAAACACGUACAUACGCACAUACAGAGACACCCAAACACACAGACACACAUACAAACGGGGACACUGUUGGCUGAAUCUCCGAUCUCUCCGAAACAUAUGAAGCUAGCGCUCCUUCCCGCGCCAUUACAACACGGAAUUGAUUAACAAAAAUGAGAAAAUACAAAAACAGUUUAUUCUUGAUGUUUAUAUGUGUCAAUCUGAUGAGAUUUGUACGAAUAUUUAUAUACAUAUUUGAAGGUGGGACUAGGAAUAUGGAAACGGAAAGCAGCUGCGCAAACGAGGUAGCAACGGCUGAUGCAAAUGAUGUUGAAAGUAGUGAUCUCUCUUUCAGUGUAGAUUCUCAAUACGCGGAAAAGAGCGGUAACCAAAUAAUAAGAAUAAUAAAAAUAAUAUUGAAUAACUUAAAAGAAGUUAAUGGAAAAUGAUAAAUUGAAGAAAAGUAACAAAAAUAAUAAUAAUAAAGUAAUGAUAAACAAAGAAGCCAGAAACAUUAGUAAUAGCAAAAUUAGUCAAUAAACAGCCACUAGCGUGAGAGUCACAGUAGAGACAGAAGGAGUAUAUGAAGGAGCAGUAGAAAAGCAGAUGAUGGGGAAAACAUUUUUUAAAUAAUGAAGAAAAAACGAGAAACCCCCUAAAACAAGCAAAACAAUGGUACCCGAAGAGGAAUCGAUUGUGUUGGACGAUGAAAAAAGGGGACGGAUUUCGGGAAGGAUUGUCGGGCAAGGAACUCGACAAUGGAGAACUAGAAGACGAAACAUAGUUACAGCAGCUUCGCUAUAAAAAAAAGCCAUACAUUACACAUUACUCUCUAUCUCGUUGCAAACUCUCAUGCACAUACCCGCAAACACUUCAGGUUUAACGAGCCUCCAUUAACAAAAUAAAAAAAAGCAUGUAAUAUAAAGUGGCGUUCAAAUGACAUCAACAAAGAGGAGGGGGGAAAUGGUUCUCUCUUCUACCAACCAUCAUCAUCAUCCGGUCCUGGACCGGCAGGAGCAUUUAGACAGAGAAAAACAGCAAGCUAGAAGGAGGGGAGACGAAUUAAUCUUUAGCAUACCCUCUAGUAAGCGAAACGAGCGUUGUUAAUUCGCAGAGACCAGUGAGUGUAGGCCAGGCUCGAGAUUAUUAGACAUUCGAUUUUCACCAAAC